AUGAUGAUGCGCAGUAGCACAAGAGGUAUGCCAUUUCUUCACUUUACCCCUUUUGUAAUUGCUGCAUUGUUUCAUUCUAAACCCUCAAAGCCAAGAAAGUCUAGAGAAACCCAACCUGUGAGAGUAGUGAGUAAUGUCGAGGAUGCCUUGAAUGUGUUCGAUGCAAUGCUUCACAGGCGUCCUCUGCCUUCUGUCAUCCUUUUCAAUCAAAUCUUGGCCCAACUUGUCAAGCUCAAACAAUUUCCAGCAGUCCUCUCUUUGAAGAGACAAAUGGGUCUCGUGGGAAUCGCUUCUGAUGCUUAUACUCUCAACAUUACCAUCAAUUGCUACUGUCAUUUGAACCAGAUGGAGUAUGCCUUGUCUGUCUUGGCCCACUUCUUCAAAUUGGGUCUUCAACCAGAUAACGCCACUUCCAACACUCUUAUCAACGGCUUUGUUCUUCGAAAUAGAGUGGCUGAUGCAGCAAGAGUUUUCAGGAAAAUGGUGGUGGGAGGUUAUUGUCAGCCGGAUGCGAUUACUUUCAACACACUUAUAAAAGGCUAUUGUGCGAUGGGAAACAACACUGCGGCUGUUCAUUUACUUCGGCAUGUGGAAGCAAAUGGAUUCCAGCCUAACAUAAUUACCUUUACAACCAUCAUCGACAGUCUGGGCAAAGAUACUCUAGUUGACGAAGCGUUGAACCUCUCCUCUGAAAUGGUUGGUAUUGGUAUUGUUCCCGACGUUAUUACUUACAACUAA